UGGCAUGAAAUGCUUAAAAAUAAAUUCAAAAAAGAAAGAUUACCCUUAGUUGAGGUCAAUGAGAUAAAGGAAAUCCGAUGCAGGUUCAGCAAAGUAAGGAACCACAAGUUUUCAUCAAGGGUCCAACAGAUACCCAGUGCAGAGACUGAGGAAAACCAAGACAUGAAUAGGAAGAGGCCAUUGUCUGAAGGGUCUGAGUCAGGGGAAGAUGAUUACAGCAUCGGGGUCCACUUGGAAAAAAUGAAAACAGAAUGCUUGAAAAAAAACACCAAAUAUCAAACUUUUAGUGGACUACAUGGCACGGACAAGGAAUGAGAGGACAGACUUCAUAAAACAUAACCCCACAAAGGAUACAUUAACACGAUAUCCAGCCCUUAAAGUCCCUUUGGUUCUUGCAUUUGAGGUCCAAAGCAUACUUGACACAGAUAUUGAAAGAAACAUCCUGAAGAAUCUAGGCCUGGUGGCACAGAAAGUGAUUAAUGAGUGCCACAGAAGACAGGUUGGAGUGGAUAUCUGUACCGAAUUGGAUAAAGCAAAACAAGCCUACGUUGAUUUGGCACACAGAGGUCUCUCAAUGGCUGCUGCUGCCCUGUUGCUUCCAUUUCUUUUUAAGGAGAGCCCAAGAUUCCUUUAUGUCAUUAAUGAGGUACCAAAUACACCCAACCCGGUUCUAUAUAUAAAAGGAAGCCCUUUGGGUGCAGAUUCAAUCCUGGAGAUAAUGAUGGAAGGUGAGAAAGUCUGUGAGGUAGAUGAUGUCACCAUAGCUCUUGUGGUUCUAAUGGCAGUCCACUUCAUCUUCAACAUUGAAUAUGCUCCAAAAAUCAGAAAUACUCUAACAUUCAUUGAGAAAUUAAAUGACUGA